AUGGAAGACAAAUCUAUUCGAACUGAUGAAGUAUCUGAUUGCCGCCAAAGAGGAAUAAUCUGUAAAGGACCUAAUUUAAAUCCAUCUCAAAUUUUUAAGUCUAUUUGCAAUACAAUUAUAAAUAAUCCAAUACUAACGAUAAAAGAAGUAGAUUAUCUAAUAAAUGAUCUGAUAAUAAUUAGAGAUGCACAAAACAUAAUAGAAGAAACUGGAGAAAAAAGGCAAUGUGAAUAUUGUAAUAAACAAGUUAUCGCAAUUACUUAUUGCGAAGGCUUGUAUAUUGCAAAGUGGGAAAUCGGUCCAUUUAAAGAAUGGGAUGCUGAAAAACAGGUGUUAAAGAGAGGUGACAAUGACGUAUAUAUUCUCAAAAGUUUAAAGAAUUCAAAGACAGCGGAUGAAUUAUGGCUAAAAAAUGCUAUUAAGAGUCUUACUUUUGAAAGGUUUUCACAAUCACUUAUAAAAUGUUAUGGAUUAACUAGAAAUCACAAUACACUGGAUUUUAUGAUUGUAUUUCAAUGUAUGGAUAGUAACUUGAGUGAAUUUCUUGCAAAAAAAGAAUUAUCUUGGAAGACAAGAUUUAAAAUGGUACGAAAUAUUUCCAAUAGCAUUAGAAAAAUACAUAAUCAAGAGGAAAUACAUAAAAACUUACAUUCAAAAAAUAUCCUUGUUGAUGAAGCUAAACCUCAUUGUGUGGUUGGUGAUUUUGGCAUAUAUAAACCAUUAGAAAAAUCGAAUCAAAUUUAUGGAAACCUUCCUUAUAUUGCACCUGAAGUAUUACAUAAUAAUUCGUAUACAAUAAAAUCAGACAUUUAUAGUUUAGGAAUGAUUAUGUGGGAAAUCAGCUCAGGUAUGCAACCUUUCUAUGAUCAAAUGAAAAAACCGGAUAAUGAACUUGCUCUUGACAUAAUUAAUGGCAUGAGACCUAAAGUUGUCGAUGGGACCCCGCCUGAUUACGCAGAUUUAAUGAUUAAAUGCUGGGAUGCAUGUCCAAAAAAUAGGCCGGACGCUAAAACUAUUAUGAAAAAAAUGGCAAACUUACUUCAAGAAAUUUACGAAACUGAUGGCGUUUAUAAAGAACUAAAGCUUAUUCCAAUUAAAAUAUCUAAAAAGAAAAUGCUAAUAAAUUUUGUUAAAUCAAAAUUUAAACGUAAAAAGAAGAAAAAAUUACCUUCAAAUAUAGAGAUUAAAAACACACUUUUAGUAACUGAAAAGAAUAAAGACUCAUCUUUAGCAACGGUUGAAAAAGGUAAAAGUCAAAUUUCAGCCACUGAACGGGAUGAAAGCCUACUUUUAGUUACUGCACAAAAUAAAAGUCGAAUUUAUGAAUUUGAAAAUUUAUAA